GUAUAUGAUCGACUACUUCAGUUUAUUACAUAAACGAGUUAAACAAUUGUCAGGAAAAUCUUGGUCGGAGAGCAACAGUCCCGGCAAUGACAAGCAGAAACCUUUAACAUAAACAAGCUCAAAACGACCGAAAACAAGUAAGCCAUGGCAACAAAGACAGAUACCCAAAUCCCUUCAAAGUCCUAAACCCAUUCUUAUAUGUGUCAAAAACCAAAAACCCUUUUCUUUUCAUCUCAUGAUUCUGUUCCCAAAAGCCAAAAAGUGAAAGCUUUCAAUCAAAGCUGAAGUAUGGGUUGUUGUCAAUCGUCUUUUCUAACAGAAACCCACCCAGAGAAAGACCAGAGGCGGCAACAGCAACAGCAACAGAAACCGGAGCCCCGGAACCAUAACCAAGCUGGUCCGGGUGCUGGAACCGACCCGGUUGUUGCUAAUGGAGUCCCUUCUUUCUCCGAGUUCUCCUUGGCUGAGCUUAAAGCGGCCACCAAUAAUUUCAGUUCAGAUAACAUAGUUUCUGAAAGUGGGGAAAAAGCUCCUAAUCUUGUUUAUAAAGGUCGUUUGCAGAACAAGAAAUGGAUCGCUGUUAAGAAGCUUACUAAGACGGCUUGGCCUGAUUCAAAACAGUUUGUGGAGGAAGCUUGUGGAGUAGGGAAAUUGAGACACAGGAGGCUGGCAAAUUUGAUAGGGUAUUGCUGUGAUGGAGAUGAAAGGCUGCUUGUUGCUGAGUACAUGAUUAAUGACACACUUGCUAAGCAUUUGUUCCAUUGGGAAAAUCAAACCAUCGAGUGGGCAAUGCGUUUAAGAGUAGCUACCUGCAUUGCCGAAGCUUUAGAUUAUUGUAGUACCGAGGGCCAUCCAUUAUACCAUGAUUUAAAUGCUUACAGGGUUCUUUUUGAUGAGGAUGGCGAUCCGCGCCUUUCAUGUUUUGGCUUGAUGAAAAAUAGCAGGGAUGGUAAAAGUUAUAGCACUAAUCUUGCAUACACACCUCCCGAGUAUCUAAGAAAUGGGAGAGUCACUCCAGAAAGCGUUAUUUACAGCUUUGGCACUGUUAUUCUCGAUCUGCUUAGUGGGAAGCACAUUCCUCCUAGUCAUGCACUCGAUAUGAUAAGGAGUAAAAACAUCACGGUCCUCAUGGAAUCCCAUUUAGAGGGAAAAUUUUCUAUGGAGGAAGCAACUGUGGUUGUUGGCCUUGCCUCUCAAUGUUUGCAAUAUGAACCCAGGGAACGGCCCAAUGUGAAGGAUCUUGUUGCCACACUUGCUCCAUUGCAAACCAAACCUGAUGUUCCAUCUUAUGUUAUGCUUGGAAUCUCAAAAUAUGAGGAAGCUCCACCAACUCCGCAGCGUUCACUUUCGCCAAUGGGUGAGGCCUGUUCACGACUUGACCUUACAGCAAUCCAUCAGAUACUGGUGACGAAUCACUACAAGGAUGAUGAAGGGACAAAUGAGUUAUCUUUCCAAGAGUGGACCCAGCAGAUGAGAGAUAUGCUCGAGGCUAGGAAGCGUGGGGACUACGCAUUCCGUGAUAAAGAUUUUAAAACAGCCAUCGACUGUUACUCCCAGUUCAUAGAUGUCGGAACCAUGGUCUCCCCGACUGUUUUUGCUCGACGCAGCCUGUGCUAUCUAUUUUGUGAUCAACCAGAUGCUGCCCUUGCAGAUGCAAUGCAGGCUCAGAUUGUGAAUCCGGAGUGGGCGACUGCCUUCUAUAUGCAAUCAGUUGCUCUUGCCAAACUAGACAUGCACAAAGAUGCCGCAGACAUGUUGAAUGAAGCUACCGGCCUUGAAGAAAAGAAGCAACGAGUCGUGAAGGGAUCGUGAGAACAAAAAAUAGUGUUGUUUCAUUCUACAUUUCUGUACCAUUUUCACGUUGAGGCUGCAAAAAGUGUGUAAAAAUUUGAGUUUGAAAAUCGAAUUUCAAAUUGAAAUUGUAUGAAGUAGCAAAGAAUGUGUAAUUUCCCCUCAUUCGUGAUGGUGUGUACCUGCACAUCAUGUUUGCCAUUA